AUGUCUACCCUUCUGGCUUCAUCACUCUUCCUGGCCGUCUUUGUCAGACCUGCCUGCUGCUUUGAGUCUGUCAACUUGCUGCAGCAAAAGAUAGUUCUCGCAGCGCCCGACGCGCCGGAGACGCAACUUCUGCGGGCUGCUGAACCGCUAUAUUGGGUCCAUUUCCCAAAGUGUGGCAGCUCCUUCAUGAACACCCUUGCGCAUAUGCCAGGCUUUUGUCCUCCUCUGUCCAACAUGACUCUCAACUGGACUUCCCUGGGCAUUUGCAUGCUGAUGACCUGGUCUCAGAACUGCCAGAACUGGUGCGAUGCAGAUAAGCUUGCUUGCGACAAAAUUCCGCAUCGCCCGAUUCUCAACUACUCAGAGCGGCGAGGUCACAUGGUGGGAUUCUUCCGAGAUCCUGAUCAACGGAUAUUGUCGGGUUACUACGACGAGACUGAGCCGUUCGCAUCGGUUUUGUCCCAGCUCACUGCCCCGUGGAUGAUAGGUGUCGCGGACUUGAUAGUUGCCACUGGCUAUUGCAAUAAAGAUCUCAGAUAUCUUAUUGUCGGAUUGCCGAAGGUACCUUUGCUGGAAUUUGCAGAGGGGUGGAAAGGAGGCAUGACAUAUCAGCUGGUGACAGAGGAUGACCACGGAAUUCCCACAGUUACCCCAAACCGCACCAAAGUGACGCCCGCGGAUGGCUUAGAGGCAGCCCGAAGAGUUCGGGAGGGCUUCGCCUUCGUGGGCAUCACGGAAGAAUGGGACUUGUCUAUCUGCUUGUUCCACAGAAUGCUUGGCGGCCCAUGCUUGGGCUCAGACUUUGAGGAUACGCGCCCGUCUUCUCCAGGGAAGUCCGCGCACAGCGGGUACAACACGUCCGUGCUAAUGGGCUGGCAUGACGAUAUUGAUGAGAUUGUAUAUGAAGCCGCGCUGGAGGUGUUUCACAAAAAUCUUGUUCUGUACAAUGUUUCUCAUGACACGUGCCAGGAGUGCUACCGCAAUGCUGGAAUAGGAGAUUUUGCUUGA